ACAGUAAACGUGGUUAAUUUAUCUCGUAGAGAGCAUGGAGUUCUUUACCUCUGCAAUCUGGUGGAUCGUAAACCUCCUCGGUGUAGUUUACUUUUAUUUCCAACGAAAGUUUGCCUAUUGGAAAAACCGUGGUGUUCCGUACAUAGAACCAUUAUUUCCAUUGGGAAAUCUGUCCCGGAAAAACAUCGGUAACUUGAGAGAGGUUUUUGAGAGACUGUACAAAUUAAGAGCAGAAUCUCCUUUUGUUGGAGCAUACUUCCUUGCCAAGCCAGUGGCCGUAGCAACUGACCUGGAUUUUAUAAAAGACGUGUUAGUGAAAGAUUUCAAUAAGUUUCACGGACGUGGUAUUUAUGUAAAUGAAAAGAUAAUCCCCUCUCUGCACAUCUGUUUGCCCUGGAUUGACCAAAAUGGAAAUCAUUUCGGAUGAAGCUUUCACUUCUUGAAAAAUGAAAUUUAUGUUUCCUACCAUGGUAGGGGUUUCUGACCAAUUUAAGGAAAGUUUGGAUCAAAUGUUGAACGAUCACAGGGAGGUUGAUGUGAAGGAAAUUCUUUCUUGUUCUACGACUGAUGUUAUCGGAACAUGCGCCUUUGGAUUAGAGUGUAACAGUUUGAAAGACCCCAAUGCAGCGUUUCGCGAAUAUGAUUGCAAAGUUAUUAUGCCAUCGAAACUGCGCUUAAUAAGGUCGAUCUUUCUCCGAAUCCCGAAACUUGCCGCCGCACUACGUUUACCAAUUUUAAGUAAGGAAAUCAGUAACUUUUUCUUGGGUAUUGUUCGUCAAACCAUCGAACACCGUGAGAAAAAUAAUAUACAACGCAACGACUUUAUGAACUUACUUAUUCACUUGAAAAACAACGAUACUUUGGAUGAGGAAAACAAAAUCAAAUUAGGAAAGCUUACUUUGGAGCAAGUGGCGGCUCAGGUAUUCGUUUUCUUUGUCGCCGGAUUCGAAACCUCUUCUACAACGUUUGCCUUGUACGAACUGGCGUUGAAUCCAGACAUGCAGAUACUAUCUAUGGGAAGCAUGAAGGUCGCUUGACGUAUGAGGCCAUGAAGGAUAUGUAUUUGGACCAAGUGAUUAAUGGAACUUUGCGAAAAUAUCCACCUGUUCCUGCGUUGCAGCGUACAGCUCAAGACAACUACAAAGUUGCAAAUUCGAAAUUGGUGAUUGAGAAAGGAACAACUGUAAUGAUUCCUGCUUAUCAAAUCCAAAGUGAUGAACGAUACUAUCCAGACCCCGAGAAGUUCGAUCCUGACCAAUCCAAUGACAUUCUUGAGCUUUUGAGA